UUUUUUACUUACUAGUAUUGGACUUUUCCACGACACAGUAUAUGAGUUUCGAAGUAUUAUUUUGUUUCUGAUCCUUGAAUAUGCGACUCAUUUUUGUUUCUCGAAGAGGGAUCAAGCUUCGAAAUCCAUUUGUGAAGUGGAUUUGAUCCCAUUUUCAGUUUGGCUUGACUAUUUGCUGGGAUUUUUUUCCUGAGUUGAGAGGAUUGGGAAAUGUUGCAGGUUAAUGUGAUCAAUUACGAGAAGUGAAUUUUAUCUUUGUGCCUUCACCAGAGUUCUCUGCCUCUGGUUUUCAAUGCUUCAUUAAUAUUUUAUUAAUUUCUGGUUUCGUUUGCCGGGCUGUUUGUUUUCCCUGUUCCUUUUGAUGAAUCAGUGGUUCACUUUGAGAACUUGCUUUUUCUUUAUAAUUUUAAAACAUUAAGCCAGAAAUACUUGCUCACUUGUCUAUCUUUUCAACCUCACAACUUAGUGGCAAACUUCUCUGAUUGAUUUUUUUGCUAUAAUCUUCGUAGGAUAAAUCCUUUUAUGAUGAUGGAAUAGGAGUAGAAAUCGAAUAGGGCCUGGUCAAUUUUAGCCCGGGUAGCAAGGUGCUUCAUUGAGGUUUUGAGAAGCACGUGGAGAACAGCUGGGAAAAUCUGAUCAAGUCUAUUCACUAUCUAUCAUGGAUGGCAGCCAGAAGGGAGCUCUCAUGAGCAAUAACGGAGUUAUACCAGUCAUGGGAAUGAAGCAGUACAGUCAAACAAAAUUAAGCUCUACUCCAGAAGAGCCAUGUAAAGAAUCUCGUUGUCUCAUCUGCAUGGGCAACAACAGUUGUCAAACGGUUCAUUCUAGAACAAAACUGAUGAAUGCUUUGAUUGGGAGAGGCAAGCCGCACGAAGCCCAGGCCAUCUUUAAUGGCUUAAUAGAGGAAGGACAUAGGCCGACUCUUAUAACAUACACUACUCUUGUAGCUGCUCUGACCCGCCUGAAGAGAUUCAAGUCCAUUCCUUCUCUUCUUUCUAAAGUCGAAGAGAAUGGCUUGAAGCCAGACUCAAUACUUUUUAAUGCCUUGAUGAAUGCCUUUUCUGAUUCUGGCAAUGUAGAUAAAGCAAUGGAAGUCUUUCAAAAAAUGAAGCAGUAUGGAUGUAAACCUACAACAAGUACUUUUAACACUCUCAUUAAAGGAUUUGGAGUUGCUGGAAGGCCUGAAGAAUGUAUGAAAUUGCUAGAAAUGAUGACACUAGAUGAAAAUGUGAAACCCAAUGAUAGAACAUAUAAUAUUCUCAUCCAAGCCUGGUGUACCAAGAAGAAACUAGAAGAGGCAUGGAAUGUUGUGCACAAGAUGGUGGCUUCUGGCCUGCAGCCUGAUGUUGUGACUUACAACACUCUGGCAAGGGCUUAUGCUCAGAGUGGAGAGACAAAGAGUGCUGAAAGGUUGAUAUUGAAAAUGCAGUAUAACAAAGUGUCACCUAAUGAACGUACCUGUGGUAUCAUAAUAAGUGGCUAUUGUAAAGAAGGGAAUAUGGUGGAUGCCUUGAGGUUUCUAUACAGAAUGAAGGAUCUCGGAGUGCAUCCAAAUCUAGUAGUUUUCAACUCUCUUAUCAAAGGAUAUUUGGACAUUAUGGACACAAAUGGAGUGGAUGAGGCCCUGACAUUGAUGGAAGAAUUUGGGGUCAAACCAGAUGUAGUUACAUUUAGCACCAUUAUGAAUGCGUGGAGCUCAGCAGGGCUUAUGGACAAUUGUGAGGAGAUAUUCAAUGACAUGGUGAAGGCUGGGAUAGAGCCUGAUAUCCAUGCAUUUAGCAUCCUUGCCAAAGGUUAUGUACGUGCUGGACUUCCGGGAAAAGCAGGGGCUCUUCUGACUUCAAUGAGCAAAUUUGGCGUGCAACCAAAUGUCGUUCUCUUCACUACCAUCAUCAGUGGGUGGUGUGCUGAUGGAAAAAUGGACCGAGCUUCUCAAGUUCAUGAUAAAAUGUGUGAAAUGGGAAUUCCCUCAAACCUAAAGACUUAUGAAACCCUAAUUUGGGGGUAUGGAGAAGCUAAACAACCGGGGAAAGCAGAGGACCUGCUGAAAAUAAUGGAAGAUAGGGGUGUUUCUCCUAAAAUGACAACCAAGAACCUGGUUGCUGAUGCAUGGCGUGCCAUUGGUUUAUUUAAAGAAGCCAAGAGAGUUUUAGAUGGUUCAGAAGAAUCUGAAGUAAAUCAAAAUUUUGGAGGGGAAGAACUACAGGUGCAGAGUUUGGGGAGGGUUCUUGAGAAACAAAAACUGGGUGCUCCUCACUCUAAUAAUGUAUUGCAAUUACCUAAAGAAACUGUGGUAGCUCAUCAAGAAAGAUCUUCCAACGGCAGCAUGAGAAGUCAGAUGAUAGUUUUUAGACAUGGGUUUUCAUCCUUCAGCAUGCAGCAAGCUACCAUUUCGAUGGUUGUACCUCGUACAUGCUCUUUCAGAGUGCAGUCAUUGAUUGUAAAUGGGCAACAAAUCCGAAACAGGCUUGUUAAGCCCUUCCUUGGCUCUGGCACAGUAGUGGCAAUAAGCUGACGAGGAAACUUGCAAUUGUGAGAUGAUCUCAUAUCGGUCUAACAUGAGACCCAAACUUCCCAAACUUCUGUGUGAAUACGUUGAAUUUGCUCCAGUGUGAUAAGGUAUAGCCAGGAAAAAUGUAGAUAUCAUUCAUGGAUUUUUCAAUUUACACCUACAAUUUUUGCGGAAUGCUGGUGUCAACGGCAUUUGUUGAAUUGCUGCUACAAGGGAAACGUUAUGAAAGAUACUAUUGACAGUGCAAUAUAUUAAAUGACAAAAAAUAUUGGUCGCCAACA